CAAAAUUGUCAUUGUCUGAUUACAAUAUUCAGUUCAAUUCAAAUCAAAUCCCCAAAAUCAUAAGAUGGCUCUCUCUCUCCCUCUACCCCCAUCUCCUCUCCUCUUCCCCUCGCUUCUCCCUUUCUCCUCCUCCUUCGUCAUCGUCUUCUUCCCCUUCCUCAUUUCUGCUUCCUCCUCGGAUUACUCGAAGCUGGUCUUCAAAGGCUGCUCCAACCAGAAGCUCCAGGACCCCACCGGCGCCUUCUCCCAAUCCCUCAAAACCCUCUUCUCCACCCUCCAAUCUCAAUCCUCCGCCUCCAAGUUCAACAAGACCACCGCCGACAGCGGCGGCCAGGCCGCCGUCGUCGGCCUCUUCCAGUGCCGCGGCGACCUCUCCGGUUCCGACUGCAACAAAUGCGUUGCCAAACUCCCUGCCAUGGCCCAGAAGCUCUGCGGGCCGACAAUCGCCGCCAGGGUCCAGGUCGGCGGGUGCUACAUGAGGUACGAGGUGGCGGGGUUCAAGGAGUCGGCGGCGGAGGAGCUGCUGUACAAGGUUUGCGGGUCGCGGAAGGCGAGCGGCUCCGGGUUCGGGGACAGGCUGGAGACGGCGCUGGGAGAGAUUGAGAAGGGGGUGGGGAGUGGGAAUACUGGGUUCUACACUGGAAGCUAUGAAUCCGUGUAUGUGUUGGGUCAGUGUGAAGGCGAUCUGGGAACUGGGGAUUGCGUGGAAUGCGUGAAAAGCGCAGUGGAAAGAGCCAAAAGCGAGUGUGGAAAUUCAAUCUCCGGGCAAGUUUAUCUCUACCUCUGCUACAUCAGCUACUCUUACUACCCAAAUGGGGUGCCACUCCCUGGCAGCAGCAAUUCGCUCUCAGGAAGAACUGGCCGGAAUGCACAGAAGACGGUGGCGAUUGUGGUGGGAGGGGUGGCGGGUUUCGGGAUCUUAAUUGCGUUUCUGCUUGUUCUGAAGUCGGCGUUCAAGAAGAAAGAAGUCAAGUUUUACGCGGGAUGAACAUAGGCUGCUUUUGAUGGUGGCGCUGCAACUGGAAGAGGCAAGUUUUGCUUUGGGCAUGGCGCGCGGUCGGAUAUUUCUUUGCCUCCAAGUAUUCUAUGUUUCUUUUCUUUUAUCUUUUUCAUUGUUUUUUGGGUGUAAAUGGGCAGAGAUUAUAUUGGUAGGUUCAUCAGAUUAUGAUAAGAAUACCGUGUUCUGCUUUACAUAAAAUACUAAUGGUGAUGAUUUGAGUGUGGCUAUUUUACUGGGAAACUCAAAAGGAAAGGGGAAGGAAAGUACAAUGAAAGAGCUUGAUGAUUGACCCCCCAAGGCAAUAGUGAAUAACCAUGUGUCAUGAAAAAGUUGAGGGGGGAAAAAAAGCUGUGUUAUAUUACACGCAUUCAGAAAAAGAAAAGCUAAUUGAAAGGAACUUGUGAUAAAAAAAAAAAAAAAAAAAAGAAAAGAAGAGAAAAUGGCCGCUUCCAAGCAAAUACAUCAGCUUCAAGUGAGUCUAAAGUUACUCAUUUGGUCUUGUUUCGAACAGUAGCAAUAACAAUUACAAGCUCUUUCGAGUCAACUUUUGAUUCUUUAU